AUUUGCUCCAUAGACUGCAAGACCUCAAGCAAACGUGUCUCGUCACACGAUGGAGCCGCUCAACGACGAGGAGCGUCAGUUGUUAUUGUCACCGCCGCGUCGCAGCACCCCCACACAGACUCAUGCGCCGUCCCACAUGGUGUUCGAACCUCCGCCAUUGCGUCGCGACGCUGGCGGCACCUCACUGCAUUUCUCCAAGCAGCCAACCGCGCAGUCUCCAGCCAACGAGACACUGCCAACCACUGCGCCCAACGCCGCGUCUCCGCACUGUUAUUCGCCCUACGGCACGACCAGGUUGUCCGUGGACUCGUGGGGUUCACACCGCGACGCUAGUGACCCGCUGAACGGCUGGGAACACGGCGUCAUGGAAGCUCUGCACGCUACCCCCUGUAUCGUCAUCGCAGUGCUGGUCAACUUGAUGAUCUGUGUCCCGUUUGGACUGUCCUUCUUCCCGUUGGAGUGGCAGGACAUCCCUGUGCCGCAUGCUCUCGGUAUUCAAAUGUUCUUACUGUCGUCCACGAUCUGCCAGUUCACAUUCGUAUGGCUCAGUAACUUUGACGGAGCCAUUUGCCAAAUGAUGGUCGAGAACGUGCCGUUCAUGCACACUAUUUCCGUGGCCAUUAUCCAGGAACUGGGACCCAAGAACCCUAGUGUUCUGCCGACAAUUCUGGUCACCUACGCAUUCUCAUCGGUGGUGUGCGGAGCGCUAUUCUACAUCCUGGGACACUGGAAGCUUGGUAAUAUUGUAUAUCUCUUCCCGAAGCACAUUAUCGUUGGCGCUGUCGGUGGCAUUGGCGCCUUCGUGCUUCAGAGUGGCAUUGAGAACGCUACAGGACGUGGAUUUGACUGGUCUUGGGACGGUGUUAAGGGCCUUUUUAACGAAGAAAUCGUUUGGCUCUGGGUCAGUUCAGCGCUCUUGGCACUCACACUGUGGAUACUUGCACGCCACAUCAAGUCGCCGCUGUUUCCUCCGCUCUUCUUCGUGUCGAUUCCACCGCUUUUCUACGUGGUUCUGCUGCUGCUUGGUAUCUCGACUGACACAGCUCGUGAACAUGGCUGGUUCUUCAGUCGUGCCCCGAACGUUGCAUUCUACUCGCUAUGGGAGCAGUACGACUUCUCUCUCGUUGCUUGGCAUGUGAUCCCCAAGCAGUUCGGGACGAUCGUCGGUCUCACAUUUUUCUCGCUUAUGCACGUGCCGAUUAACAUCCCGUCGCUGAGUCUCACUACUGAUAAGGAAGUGGAUAUUAACGAUGAGCUGGUUGCGCACGGUAUCUCGAACACAUUAAGUGGAGUGUGUGGUACUGUGCAGAAUUACCUCUGCUAUUCGACUUCUGCGUUAUAUUACAAGUGUGGAGGUGCUGGACGUCGCAGUGGCUUCGUGAUCGGACUUAUCAUGAUGUUCUUCUUCUUUGUUGGGCCCAAUGCUGUGUCCUACAUCCCUCGGUGUAUGGCAGGUUGUGUUAUGAUGCAUCUUGGAUGGGAUUUACUUCGAGAAGCGCUCAUUGAUACGUACGACCAGUUGGAUGCUCUGGAACUUGGCACAGUGUGGGCUAUCGCUGGAACUAUGACGUUCUGGGGCAUGAACCAGGGCCUGGCUGUCGGUGCGUUGUUGGCCUGUAUGACCUUCGUGAUGCAAAGUGCACGUACACCAACCAACGCUCCGAUUCGAGGCAGUAUGAGUGCAGCAACACUGCGUAGUCAUGCGUGGCGCAUGACGGAUGAACUGGACGUGCUGGAUCGUGAGUGCCGUAACAUCCACGUCGUGCAGCUCAAAGGCCACCUUUUUUUCGGCAACAUCAACCAGCUCAGCGACUACGUUCGCGAAUUAUUUGCGGAAGGUCAUGACACCGCAAGCAGUGGGGUGGAAUCUCCACUUCAGAGUGUACUUAGCGAUGACAUUCGACCGAGAGCCGACAUUCGGUGGCUUGUACUUGACUUCACGUUGGUUGUCGGACUGGAUUCGUCUGCAGCGGAUCGACUCACUAAGAUCAAGUACGCAUGCGAUACUCACAACUGUAAGAUUGUGUUUGCUGCUGUACCAAAGGCUUAUGCAAAGUUUACGGAGCAUCUGAUCGAUCUUUUCGGUGACAAUCGUAUGCUUCACAUUGCCUCGGAUCUGGACAGCGCGCUUGAGUGGUGUGAAGAUGAUAUUCUGGGCAAGAAUGCGUGUAUAGAAGGCUCUCCUGCGAGUACUUGUGCUGCUGAUGAAGACGAGUUCACACAUUUGCGGAACCUGCGAAGAUUUAUGCCGGACCAACCGCUCUCUGUGCAACAACGUCUGCUGGAUUACUUCCAUAUCCAGGAGAUUGACAAGGACGAAGUGGUAUGGAGGCAAGGCGACACCUCGGAUCGAGCACUCUUGUUGGUGGAUGGAGCGCUCACUGCUGUGGUCGAGGAAGAGGCUGGUACUACUGAAAAAGUUUCGGUAGGUUCUGUUGUUGGCGAGAUGUGCUUUUUGACGGGUGAGAAACGCAAGACCUCCCUCAUUGCAACUAAACGCAGCGUCGUCUACGUCUUGGAUCGCAAGAGCUUUGCAGAGAUGCUGGAGAAAGAUUGCUACUUGGCCUUCCUCUUCCAGGGCAUCUCGCUGCGCUACACGUCAUACAGAUUACAGUACGUGGGCAACCGCAUCUGGGAGACAAAAUGCUUGCCAAUCUAAACAGCGUACACUUUGAAAAUAUAAAAAAUGUUCAUUACAUGUAUAGAUG